UGUUUUCCAUUGUGACACACAGCAUCUCAGAGCAGGAUCUCCUGGCCUCUGUGAACUCCACUGGGACGCUUUGCAAUUUCAGCAUGGGAGACCUCGCAUGCUCCUCGCUGGAAUCUCUAUCUGCGGACGGCUUGGCCACACUGCUGGAGUGCAAGCUUCCCAACAGCAACAGUUAUCCCAAAGAAACCUGGAAGGCCUUCUUUGUCAAAGUGGCCGGCAUCCUUGAUGAAGCCCUUGUCCAAUAUUCUGGCAAGGUCCAAAACCUCACUCUGUCCGUGCCCACGGUCCUCGAAGUGAUACGAGAAGUCAAACUCAACGACUUAACUGAAGCGCAGUUGAAAGACAAAGCAUUCAUCAGCCAGUGGUUUAACAUCAGACUGGGGCCAUUUUUACCAUCUGUGACCCCAAUGUUCCUGACAUGCCUAACCAACCAGAGUUUCAGUUGUGAGACCUUCCAGGCUGUGGUGGCAGCUCUCAGCAACCGGUCAACAGCCAUGAAUGAGGAGCAAAAGAAAGCCAUCUUCACUAGCUUCCUGUAUCCGUUCCUAUCAAGAGGAGACUCAUCAGAUCCUGGCUGCAUUACUGGCACCAUGGGCAGCAAAGACUGGCUUCAGACUAACUUUGGCCAAUUUUCGGUUUAUGCGCCUCUGGAAGAUCUACAAAAACUCAAUGUCAACUUCUCCAGCUUUGAGUCUCUGGAACUGCUGACACCAUCCCAGGCAGCGCAGCUGACUCUGACGUCCGGAGCACUGAAUGACACCACCAAAAUCACGGCCAUCUUUCAAGUCCUGUUGGUGGGAGAUGCUCUCGAAAAUGUUGACGCGUUUCUGACGACGCUGAGCGCGGCUCCUGAGAUUCCAGAUAUUGCCCCUCCCGUGAGAGACUUUGUCAUGAACAGCACCUUCCAAGUCAUCAGUGUCAAUUUCUUGCACUUUGAUGUAUCAGCCUGGAUCUCCUGGUUCCAAGUGAAACUCAUUCCUAUUCUCCCCAGUUUCACUACAGUGAUGCUCACUCAAACAACUGCACAGGCAAACUGCACCAACUACCAAAUCAUUGUGAGAGGAAUGGGCAUCGUCUUCGAAAAGAUGCCGCUGAGCAGAAGAAAAGGAAUCGCCAACGUCCUCGUCCAACAUCUCAAGCAAUUUUCCGCCACGUUCAGCGAGAUAGCCUGCAGACUUGACAUCCGGAAUGAUGCCCAAUGGCUAGAGGUCAACCUGGGUCCUUUCGCCAAAGAAGUAGACUACUCUGCUUUGAAGGAGCUGAACAUUACAGGACUGGCAACUUUGGAUUUGCUUUCACCAGAGCAGAAAGCUGAGCUGGUUCUGGAUCCCAGCACCGGUGCUCUGGAGAAUGUGACUGUCUUGAAGGAAGUCUUUGUCAGCGUAACAGCAUCUCCAGAAGUUGAGCAACUCGACGACUUCUUCCAGACUUUUGUCAUUUUCACAAUACAGCAAAACAUCACCUACAUUACAAACACUGCUGUGAGAGACACCAUGCUCAACCUGACACUGACAGCCCUGGCUCCCAGAUUCCCCACCUUCCAACCCAGCGACUUCACCUUGUGGUUCCAAGUCAAUCUGGCUGUUCUGCUGGUCAGCAUCCGUCCUGCGAGUCUGAACGUCAUCCCCAUGAACAUCAGCUGCGACUCUCUCAAAGCCAUAAUCGGGGCUUUUGACAAAUCUUUGAAAACGCUCCCACCGGGUGUCUCAGCAGACCUCCAGUCAAGCAGAGACUACCUGGAACAGAGGUUGCCUCCAGGCUGUACACCACCACCACCUCCAGUGGGCGUGUGCGCAGAGACCGUGGUGGAUGAGGAGAGUCUUUGUGCUAACGUCAGCAGGUGA